AAUGACUCCCUUUUCUUCAAGCAGGAGAAGUCCGUUUUACAGAAGCGGAAAGAGGAGACAGCGAAAGGGGAGUCGGAGAAAGGAAAUCCCUUACAUAGAAGAAUAAAACCAAAGAAAACCUAAUCUCUUUGAGAUCUCUCCCGCGAAAUAUUUCCAGCGUUUUUCUCCUGCGAGAGGAAAGAGGUAGAGAUAUGGUCCUGUCUCAGAAGCUUCACGAAGCUUUCAAAGGGACCGUCGAGAGAAUUACGGGCCCACGCACCGUCUCCGCUUUCAAGGAGAAAGGCGUCCUCAGCAUCACGGAAUUUGUCAUUGCUGGUGAUAAUCUCGUCUCCAAAUGCCCUACCUGGUCCUGGGAAUCGGGAGAGCCUAGCAAGAGGAAGCCCUACUUACCUGCUGAUAAACAGUUCUUGAUUACUAGAAACGUGCCUUGUCUAAGGAGAGCCAUUUCCGUAGAAGAAGAAUAUGAAGCUGCUGGAGGGGAAGUGCUUCUUGAUAAUGAUGAUAAUGAUGGCUGGUUGGCAACACACGGGAAACCAAAAGAAACUAAGUCUGAUGAAGAGGAGAAUUUGCCUUCCAUGGAGACUCUUGAAAUCAGCAAGAGCCGGCCUAUUCAAUCCAUCUCUUCAUAUUUUGGUGGCAAUGAGGAAGAAGAUAUACCUGACAUGGCAGAGUAUGAAGACUCUGGAAACCUUCUGGAGACAGAUCCAGCAACACUUCAGUCAACAUAUUUUGUUCAGCAAGAACCCGACGACGACAAUAUUCUGAGAACCAGAACAUAUGAUGUUAGCAUCACGUAUGACAAAUAUUAUCAAACUCCUCGUGUGUGGCUUACUGGAUAUGAUGAGUCAAGGAUGCCUUUACAACCAGAGCUCGUACUCGAAGAUGUCAGUCAAGACCAUGCACACAAAACGGUAACCAUUGAGGAUCAUCCUCAUUUGCCUGGGAAGCAUGCAUCUGUACAUCCAUGUCGACAUGGAGCUGUGAUGAAAAAGAUCAUUGAUGUUCUAAUGUCACGUGGAGUUGAACCAGAAGUUGACAAGUACCUCUUCUUGUUCUUGAAAUUUGUGGCAUCUGUAAUUCCAACAAUUGAAUAUGACUACACCAUGGACUUUGACCUUGGUAGCUCCAGCCACUAAUUAGAGUAUUGGGUGAAAGUGAAAUUGCUGUCUUUCUUCAAAAGAAGAAUAUGGACAAAGCUAUGCAGCUGCUUCUGGUGUCUUCACCAUCACCCAUAAUUUCUUACUCCUUGUAUAUAACAAAUCUGAAACAUCGAAACACAUAAAAAUCUGUCAGAAGUGUGUUGGUCAUAAUGCCUGUUGUACCUCAAGUCUUUUCAUGGUGUUGCUGCUAAUAUCUCUCUCAUGGCAAUGGCUGUUAUAUCAUGUGUGCAAGGCUUGUGCAAUGGGGCACUAAUAAUAAGCCAUUUUAACUCCAAGGUAUGUUUAAGUUAUGCUGAGAUUUAUAGUUUGUACAAGUGGGCCCAUGUUUCAGUGAUUCAAGCUAUUGAUAUGAAGGAACCCAUUGUGUAUGAUCCAUGUACCACAAAUCCCCGUAUUGGAAGAUCAUAUCGGUUGAUUAUUUAUUUGUUUAUUACA